GAUCAGCUGCUUCUGUCUGAUCCGGAUGCAUCUUUCUUCACUCGACUGCUUCUGUCUGUCAGAUCCAACAUGGCGGCCUCCACAGCUUCACGUGAGCUCUUCGCUGAGGGAGUCCGAGCGGUUCUUCACAGCUGGCCGGUUCUACAGAUCGCGGUGGAUAACGGGUUCGGAGGCGUGUACGGGCAGCAGAAAGCUGAUUGGAUGGUGGAUGUAGUCCAGCAGUAUUUUCAUGACAAUGCUGACCUGCAGCGGUGUGAGGUCGAGGACUUCAUCGCUCAACUAAUGGAUCAGGAGUUCGACACAGUGGUGGAUGAUGGGAGUUUACCUCAGGUGUCGGACAGUCUGCUGCAGGUGUUCGGUCAGUGGCAGCAGGGGGCGCUGCAGCAGCUCAAACACACCAUCACCACUCUGACACAGAAGAAGAGUCAGAGGGCAAAGGUCACGGCUCCACCCUCUCAGUCUGAUGAAGACAGUGAUGAUGAAACACAGGCAAUGGAGUGUGAGUCAGCCAGUCCAUCAGUCAGCAGGACAGAUCCUCCUCCUCCUCAGGAAGAAGACGACGGUUGGACAGUAGUCCGUAAGAAGAAGUGAAGAGAAGGUCGAACAGCAGUGUGAACUGUCGAACUGAAGCAGCUGUCCUUUGACCUUAAUGAUGGGACUGUGUGAGACACUGAAACUGACUGUUUUUAAUGGAAGCUGCUCUCUGCAGGCUGUCUGUGUUCGUCCUUGUGCUUCUGUGGCUAGAAAAAAAUGGACCUGAAAAAGGAGCGAGGACGGCGUCGUUAAACCAGAGUCACCUGGUUUCUGUGGUGGUUUUUAUAUUAAACCUGUUGAACCUG